UGUUACAACACACACUUUGUAUUAAGGACAUAGAAAUGACGGUAUUUACUUGUAGCUUUCUAAAAACAACUUAACGGCCCUCAGGAGUGCAAUGCAUAUCUAUCGCCCGGGGGAGCAUGCCUUCCUAGGAGUUUGCGUGCUGCUAUUGCUGGUGUGUGGAGCGUUUACACAGUUCCCGGCCCAAGGAACAUGGCCACGACCUCCGCUCCAACCGCCUUCGGGCCCUCCGCCUUCACCCCUAGCUCCGUCACCCUCUCCUCCUCCACACCCGCACCCGGCGCCAACUCCCCCUCCCAUCCUGCUGCCGUUGCCCACGACCCGUCCACUGCUGCCAUCGCCGUUUCCGCCUCUACCAAAGCCGCCGUCCGCACUGCCCCCCUUAGCUCCGCCGGGGUUACCCCUCCAAACCCCUCCUCCUCCACAGCCCUCCCUCGAGCCACCUGGCGUCGCGGCUCCACCGCCACAACCGGCUUUACCGUCGCCACCUCCAUCCCAGCUCAGCCAACCACCGCAAUCGCCUUUUCUGGAGGACCAAACCUCGCUGACCUUCAAGCAGCCGCCAUCUCCACCACCUGCCUCUGCCAUGUACCAACCCACAAGCCCCACGCAGCCUGACACACCCCCAUCUGCGCCACCACCACUAUCUCCCGACCCUGCCAACCCCUUUCCCUGGUUGCUGCCCCCGUCACCGGUUGGGAACGGGCUAGACACCCUGGCAGCUGGGUUGAGCGAUGGCAGCGGCAGCGCCUUGGCAGCUGAGGGAGGUGCCCAGGCGCCGCAGCCGUUCGCGUUACCACCGGCGCCGGCCGUCCAAACGGAAUUUCCAUCUCCCUCGUCCUACUCCACCCCUCUUGCCUCAGCAGCAGCUGCCAGCACUGCCGCCACUCGGUUAGCCCUCGCAGCCGGCUUGCCCGCUGCUGUCGCCCUCAUCACGUGCAUCGUCGCCGUCGGCCUGAUUGCUGCCCCGGCCCGGCGGCGGCGGAUGUGGGGACGGAAAUGCACCUCCGUCGCCCCAUGCUGCCUCUGGUGCCGUACGAAACCCAGACAGUCCGACCCAGAUCUCGAGGCCACAUCGUACUCCGCAUCAGGCCUCCGACAGGCGUCCCCUUCGACGAGUCCCCGUCUAGGCCAAACAGCUGCCGUCAGCUCUUCUGCAAGCGUAAGCGGAGGCGGUGGCGGUGGCAGUGGCGGCAACAGCCGUCGUAACAGCGGCGCCGCCGCAGGCAGUAACGGCGGUCACAGCCGCCGCAGCAGCGGUGCCAGCGGACUUGUCAGCCCCCGCAGUCAGCAUCUGCUGGCGGCUCGAGCUAGGCUGCUUAUUCGAACCGUGACGACCUUGAACCCCUUCGGUCGCGGCCUGAUCUCAACCGCCGCAGUAACGGCCUCGUCUGCCUCUGCUUCCGGCAGCCGGCCCCAGAGCCCCCAGACAUCAGGUCACGGACCCCGGGGCCCCCAAAGCAGCGAGACAGACCGCAGUGCGGUUGUGGUGGGAGGUGGUGGCGGCGGCGCAUUCCUUGACUCACCCGCGCACGUGGCCGUCAUCUUCUCUUCCGGUGUCCAGAAGGACACGUCUGGGGGCCGCGGUGAUGCAGUCAACGGCCGUAACGCUAGUAACUCCAGCCCGCGGGAGGGGGCCAGCUUGCUGACCGGCACUCGCACUCCCUCCUCCCUAAUCCGCCACAUGCACUCGUCGCCCCGUGUGAACACAGCGCCGCAAGUCGUGCUGGCGACACCAGUCCCAACACCUGCAACACCAGCAACAGCAGCAGCAGCAGCGGCGGUGGGGGGGUCACGUGCACCGCCGCUCCCACCACUGCUGCCGCCCCGCCGCAGCCGCAGCCUGGAAGCAGCCUGGCGACGCAACAGGAACGCCGCCGCCGCCGCCGCCGCCGCCGUCAAACUCGCCCGCCGGCAGGGCAGCAUCACGCACGCCGGCGACGGUGAGGGCUGUAGCAGCAGCUGCUGCGUGGAAGCGCCGGACCCCAGCUGGGCCUCGUACAAUGAUCAGAUCAACCACCCUAAAGGCACCGUACAACGGUUUUACAGCUAUGGCUGCUCGCAGCAGCAGCAGCAGCAGCAGCAGCAGCAGCAGUUGCAGCAGCCUUCUUCUGGUUCUCUCAUCACCCAUGCCCGCACGCAGGGGUACGGUCAUUUGCAUGCUGUGCCAUACACACACGCACACCCACAUGCACCGCGAAGGUCACCAACUGCGGGUGUAGCAGCGAAGCCAGCCCCGUUACUGUCCCCGGGAAUGAAGACGUCCGCUGGAUCGCGCUCAUUCCCAGCUGCAUCAGGACCCUCAGCCACGCCUGUUGCGUCCGCCGUCAAGUCGCCGUCGUACGCUUGCCGUAGCUGCGGCGGCAUUGGGCCUUUUGGUUUCGGCGCCUUGUCCUCCUCACCGCUACGAGCCGCCACCCUUGCCACCAGCGGCGGCGGUGGCGGCGGCUGCAGCAGCGGCAUCUUGCUGCUUGGCGAUGCAGAUCUAGAUGCUUCUUCCGGUUGCAUGCCGCCGCCGUACAGCCCGUACAUUGGCAGCAGAAGCCGAGGCCACAGUCGUACACCUAGCGGUGGCCGCAGCUGUAGCCACAGCCGGAGUCGCAGUCACGGCCACCACCAGCACCACCACAGCCGCAACAGCCGCGGCAGUCGCAACCACAGCCGCAGCAGUCGCCCGCGCCAAGCAGGGACCGGGGCGGGGCCUUUCAUGGAUGAUGCGGAGGUGCCUGAGCUGCUGCCGGCGCCCACGCUAGCGGCAGUGGCGGAGCCGCCGCCGCCCGUUGCUGCUCCUGCCGCCGCCGCAGUAGCCCCCAUGAGCAACCAGCCGACCUUCCUGUUGGGCUCCUGGCUGGGGGACCUGCUGCCGCUGACAGCCUUCUUUCCCGCGACACCGCCCGUCCAGGAGGCCGCCCGCCCCGGUGGCUGCGGCGACUCGCUGCCCCCUAGCAGCCCCGCUGACGGCGACGCCAAAUCCACUCGAGCCACCCGCGGAAGCUCCUCCCUUGAACUAGCUCCUUCGCUGCCGCCGCUGCCGCCGCUGCCGCCGCCAGCCGCCUGUUCGGCGCCUGCAGCAGCUGCGAUGUACGGCGGCGGACCUGGCUUUGGGAUGGCAUCGGCAUGGUUUGGAGCGUACGGCAACGCCGGGGAGCCGCCCCAUGAGGAGGAUGAAGUCGAGUACGGCAUCAGGGGUGGUGCGGCUCAUGGCGUGCUGAAGGAGGCGGCUUGCGGCGGUGUGUUGUUGACCGGAGGCACGGCGCGUUCUACGGCGCUGGGCACAUCGCACGCGGCUGCUUUCGUGUUCGCGGAUGCUGAGGAGGAAUGCGACGGCGAGGGCGGUGGCGUUGAGGGGGCGGCAAGUGGUGGUCAAAAUGCGAUGCACCUUCGCUCGAAGAGCCUUGAGAGGCACACACUUGGCUGCCCACAGCGCUGCUCAUCCGACGGCAAACGUGCUGUGAAGGCCCGAGGAAAGGUCCAGAGGGCACCCCAGAGGGUGCGGCAGGAGGAGUUGGUUGAGGAGCAGGGCGAGCGAGCGAGUGCGAGCGCGGGAGCACCACUGCUGCCUCGCAUAUCCGAGGUGGCACCGGUGGUGCUGGCGGCGGCUGCGGUGAAGGAGGAGGCGGCACCUGUGCAUGCUGCCACCGCUCCUCUGGCUGUAUCCCGCGUGAUGGCAGCAUGCUGUGCGGACACCAGCCCAUGCUCUGGGGCGGCUGAGGUCGCCAUUGCCAUGGACGACGCCGGUAGCAGCCCGAGGAAUGUAUUGUUCACGGCAGUGUCUGGCGUUGAGUCCACCUCUGUGUGCCAACACCCUUCACUGCAUCAAUGCAGCAGCGCCGGCGGUGGUGUCGUUGUCGUGCAUGGUAGCAUCGAACGAGCCGUACGGAAGCACGGAUGCAGCAGUACGGCAGCCAGGCUUCCGUACGGUGGAUCUUCAACGGAUGUUGUCAGCAGCCACAGCGGCGGCAAUGAGAGCGGGCAGAUCCCGGACGUGGAAUCCAAUGCGGACGGGUCCUCCGAAGCUAGCUUCUGGUGUCCAUCCCCGGAUACUGCAGGGUCUAGCAGAAGCGCUGACCACAACGACGCCGCGAUUAACAGUCUGGAGCGGCCUUCCCCCCGGCUCCAUCUGGCUUCAAUUGAAUCCGGAUGCCGUACGCGUACCGGCAGAGCUGCCGUACGCCGGCUGUCCUGGGAUGCGCGAGAGCUGCUGCCGCUGCCGCCGCCGCACAUGCAGCAACACCAGCAACAUGAGCGUCUGCAUAAGCAGUAUCAUCAGCAGCAGCAGCAUCAGGAGCAGCAGCAGCAGCAACAUCACCACCAGCACUCGCAUGUGUUGGGUCCUCCACCUCGGGACUUGGGGGCGGCGGUGGGAGGGACUUCCAGCGGUUCCAGGCGCCCGCCCAGGCGCUGCUCCACCGUCGCUGACGUCCACAGCGCUGCCUGCAUGGUGAACAGCCCUGCCGCCGCAGUCGCCGCCGCUGCCGCCUUCUCGCUGCUCCCAUCAGCCGCGCCCAACUCCCUGCCGCGACUGGUCCGCACCCUGUCAGAUCCCUUUGAGUUCCUGCUGGCUAGUCGCGCGUCUGCGGCAGCAGCGGCUGCUGCGACGGCUGCUGCAGCGGCCGCCGCGGCGGCAGCAGCAGCGCACCAUCACAGCCCUCGGGGCGCUACCGGCACUCCAGGCGUCGGCAUCACCAUCCCCCACCGCCCUGGCCUCCUAGCUAGCAUCCAGGGCUCCACACCGCAACAGCCGCCUCAGCGGAUCCGCUCGCUCCCUCGCCCGGUACCGCAGGCCCGCCCCGGCGGCGGCUACUGCAGCCACCAUGUAACCGCAGCAAGUGAUCCGCCCUGCGGUGUGGCUGCAAUGGCACAGCAGGUAACGGCUGCAAAGGCUACCGGCGUACAUACCCCAAUUCGCUUCCCCACGCCAUCCCCACCCGAGUGGCCCCCCUGCUUCCUGCGGUCUGCAUCAUCGCCCAGUCGCGCAACCCUGCCGCCGCCGCCCGCCUCGGCGGCGGGCGACGCGCCGCCGCCGCCGCCGCCGCCGUCGCAGUCGCAUUCGGCUCAGCUCCCGAAGAUGCUGGGAUCGGGGCUGGCGUACCUGAAGGGCGCUCUGACUCAG